AUGUUUGACGGUGACCUGAUGAAGAUGGAGAGUGUGAAGACCACUCCCCAUGAGACGGAGGAGUUUAGGCGGACGGCGGUGAGGAGAAAAUCGAAGGCAGUACCGCGGGAGACAGAAGGUCAGCUUUGUCAAACUGCAGUUGAUUUUGUAAACUUUUGGUAAUGUUGAGUGAGUCAGCGCAAAUAGAACUAACUUGACAGAUUUCAAAUGUAUCCUACUAUAGCCUAUGUUGUCUGUGUUUGUUGCAGUGCAUGUUAUGAUGUAUUUAACUAAUUCUCAGUGGCGAUGGAUCCUCUGUGGCUCCUGAUCCGAAGUCAUAUUUUGAGGAACAGCGACGGCAAGGUAAAGAAGAUGCCCACAGCCAAGUCAUCUUUAGAUAGAAAGUCUGGUGUGUUGGCAUGGACGAGGUUUGCAUGUCAUUGGGGAGCCCAAUCUAAUGCUGUAGGAACUGAACUCAGCAAAAAAAAAACGUCCUCUCACUGUCAACUGCGUUUAUUUUCAGCAAACUUAACAUGUGUAAAUAUUUGUAUGAACAUAACAAGAUUCAACAACUGAGACAUAAACUGAACAAGUUCCACAGACAUGUGACUAACAUACAUUUUUUAAUGUGUCCCUGAACAAAGGGGGACAAAAUCAAAAGCAACAGUCUGUAUCUGGUGUGGCCACCAGCAGCAUUAAGUACUGCAGUGCAUCUCCUCAUGGACUGCACCAGAUUUGCCAGUUCUUGCUGUGAGAUGUUACCCCACUCUUCCACCAAGGCACCUGCAAGUUCCCUGACAUUUCUGGGGGGAAUGGCCCUAGCCCUCCCCCUCCGAUCCAACAGGUCCCAGACGUGCUCAAUGGGAUUGAGAUCCGGGCUCUUCGCUGGCCAUGGCAGAACACUGAUAUUCCUGUCUUGCAGGAAAUCACGCACAGAACGAGCAGUAUGGCUGGUGGCAUUGUCAUGCUGGAGGGUCAUGUCAGGAUGAGCCUGCAGGAAUGGUAACACAUGAGGGAGGAGAAUGUCUUCCCUGUAACGCACAGCGUUGAGAUUGCCUGCAAUGACAACAAGCUCAGUCCGAUGAUGCUGUGACACACCGCCCCAGACCAUGACGGACCCUCCACCUCGAUCCCGCUCUAGAGUACAGGCCUCGGUGUAACGCUCAUUCCUUCGACGAUAAACGCGAAUCCGACCAAAACCGCGACUCGUCAGUGAAGAGCACUUUUUGCCAGUCCUGUCUGGUCCAGCGACGGUGGGUUUGUGCCCAUAGGUGACGUUGUUGCCGGGUGGGACCUGCCUUACAACAGGCCUACAAGCCCUCAGUCCAGCCUCUCUCAGCCUAUUGCGGACAGUCUGCGCACUGAUGGAGGGAUUGUGCGUUCCUGGUGUAACUCGGGCAGUUGUUGUUGCCAUCCUGUACCUGUCCCGCUGGUGUGAUGUUCGGCUGUACCGAUCCUGUGCAGGUGUUGUUACACGUGGUCUGCCACUGUGAGGACGAUCAGCUGUCUGUCCUGUCUCCCUGUAGCGCUGUCUUAGGCGUCUCACAGUACGGACAUUGCAAUUUAUUGCCCUGGCCACAUCUGCAGUUCUCAUGCCUCCUUGCAGCAUGCUUAAGACCCAUUCACGCAGAUGCGCAGGGACCCUGGGCAUCUUUCUUUUGGUGUUUUUCAGAGUCAGUAGAAAGGCCUCUUUAGUGUCCUAAGUUUUCAUAACUGUGACCUUAAUUGCCUACCGCCUGUAAGCAUCUUAACGACCGUUCCACAGGUGCAUGUUCAUUAAUUGUUUAUGGUUCAUUGAACAAGCAUGGGAAACAGUGUUUAAACCCUUUACAAUUAAGAUCUGUGAAGUUAUUUUGAUUUUUACAUUACAUUUUACAUUAAAAUUUUAGUCAUUUAGCAGACGAGCGACUUACAGGAGCAAUUAGGGUUAAGUGCCUUGCUCAAGGGCACAUCGACAGACUUUUCACCUAGUCGGCUCAGGGAUUAGAACCAGUGACCUUUCGGUUACUGGCACAACGCUCUUAACCACUAAGCUACCUGCUGCCCCGAAUUUACGAAUUAUCUUUGAAAGACGGGGUCCUGAAAAAGGGACGUUUCUUUUUUUGCUGAGUUUAGCUGGUCUGGUCAUCCCUGUACAGUAGUGACAGGAUACCUCCCAUUCAAGUGACGGCCCCAGUGUCUCCUAUUUAGUCCCCAGCUGAGGGCUUUCAGUCAUGGCCACAAUGGAGACACGCUAUUAGCGCCUAUUCUUUACAAAAUAAUCCAUUGUGUCAUUCUCUAAUUGUAAACUACUCAGGCAAUGUAUUAUUAGUGGUUGAAUUAGCCUACACCUUUUUAGGGUGGCUAUCACAAGUGCAUUGAAACUAGCCUAUGUCAGGAUGCAUUUACACACUGAAGACUGAAGUGGCAGAAGAGGAACAUGUCAGUAGUUUUACUGGUUAUGCUAAUCUAUCACUGGCAUGCCCUGGAGGGUGUAUGUGUUCUGUUUGUAAUUAACCUUCUCUAGGUAUUGUGUGUUUGUGUGUGCACAUUGGCAGCAGCAGGGCUCAGCUCUUCCGAUUUUACUGAAGUUGAGCUAAACUGAAAUCUCCUUUCCCCUGAACAAAUAUGACUGGACUUUGCCUGUGGCUCUCUAGACCUAGUCUACCUAGUGCUGAAGCCAUAACAGAGUGUCUGUGAUGUCUGCCAAGGCAUUGACUGAGCACAGCUGACUGGUAUAAUAUGUUACAGUGAUUUACUGUCCCUUACACUCUAAUGUAGUGGUUAUUGUCUGUGGAGAUACCUGAUUUCACUCAGGAAGCUCCUCCUCUUCCACUUCCACUUUAAAGACAGUCACACACUGACCACUCAGUCAGAAAGGGACACUUGCUGAUAAGCAGUGAGUGUGUUUGGGUGUGUAUGAGUCUUAGAGACUGAAGCAGGACUCCAUUCAAGAACAGUAGUGGUGUGUGCGACGCGCUCCUCUGUCCUUUCUGGAAUAGCGUGUAUGUGAGAAGAGGGCAGACUUCUGUCAGACAGACAACACAUCUUGUGGAUUCAAGUUGUGUGCUUUUUCGUGACCAGAAACAUGCAAACACUUUGUUCAGUUGCUUUACUAUUUCACAGUGCCAUUUUGAACUAGCUAAGUAACAUUUAGAUUUAACUGGCCACUGUAUGACAAACGCAUAGGGUUUGAGUGUGUGUCUGUGAGCACAAACUGUGCCAAUACUGCAGAGUCAUCAUUAUUAUGCUAAACUCAUAUGUUGGCAGCACUUUCUGUCUAAUUUUUACCUAGUCUGAGUCAUCAUGCUACUCCUUAUCAUGCUAAACAGCAUGACACAGAGUACAUGGAGUGGAAUGUUAGCCUGAAAUCCAGAACCUGUUUUGUUAACUUUUACCCACUUCAAAACAACAUACUGUCACUUUGGUCGUCCUCUCCUCCUCAGGAGACACACAGACACAGACUGCAGUCUGUUGGUUAAGACAUAUAGCUUAUUAUCUCUCCAAUGAUGUAAGGAAGACUAGAAAGGGUUAACCUGUUGAGAGAAGUGAGAGUGAAAAGCAGUCAGAUGACUUGGAGAAACACCAUCUCAGCAACACGUGGUGAAUUUAGCUCUGUUUCACAUUGAUUCCUGGAAUUGUUAAUAAUAUCAGUAAGCUUGGCAUUGUUUUUGGCCAGGAAUGCAAUUGUUAAUCUUUAAUUUCUCCUGACAGCAUUGGAAACUCAUAGAAUAAGCGAGCUAGCGACUUCAGUGAAAGAACAAUGGGACAAGAUAAAACUAUAAAGAUACCAUACUUUACACAAGAUACAUUCUCACUGGGCAGAAGGUUACAAUGGUUAAAGGGGCAAUCUGCAGUUCAAACAACAGAGGCCACCCCGCUAAUGUUCCUGCUGAGGAAUGGGGGUGGAGAAAUGCAACCACUCUCACAUUCAUAGACCGAGCUAUGGAUGCAAAGACUGACCAUCCAAUAGACCAAAAUGUAAAAAAUUUGAGGUGAUAGUGUUUGUUUACAAUUACAUUGUUCACAAACAACGGAGAAAAACAAGCCUACAUUUUGGGUUCCGUCGGGUUAAGACUGUUGAACCAAGCUCAUGAGGCAUCUACAAGUUACAUUCUUCAAGAAUCAAUUGGGACACAUCACCAAUAUCAAAGUCCAAAAAUGGAUGUAGCAAACACAGAUUGCCCAUCCAACCAAUAAGUCAAAGGGGUGUCGAUUACAGAUUGAUUUAAUAAGUAUGCCAUCAGAGGAUGGACUGUUUUAAAGUAUAUUAACUUCCUCAUACCCUUACUGUAUGUCACUGUGGCAGGUGUCCAAUCUCCCUCUUACUAGAUCUCUCGCUCUCCCUCAGUACUGAGCAGCAGUGUAUGUGGCUCUGUGUAUAGUACUGUAGCUGUGGGAGCACCAUUACCAGAAAUGGCGGUCAAUGGAAAGAGCCCAUUUUAAAGUGGCCUUUUGUUAUCCCAGCACAAGGUGCACCUGUGUAAUGAUCAUGCUGUUUAAUCAGCUUCUUGAUAUGCCACACCUGUCAGGUGGAUGGAUUAUCUUGGCUAAGGAGAAACGCUCACUAACAGGGAUAUAAACAAAUUUGUGCAUAAAAUUGGAGAGAAAUGAGCUUUUUGUGCGUAUGGGAACAUUUCUGGGAUUUUUUUAAAAUUUAAACUCAUGAAACCUGGGACUAACACUUUACAUGUUGCGUUUUAUAUUUUUGUUCUGAAACCAGGCUAGGAUAGAUCCCUUACUCAGCCUCUCCCUCCUCCCUCCUUGUCUCCAGUGUCUCCUGAACCUGCCCAUCUCCAGAGCCCUGGGAAGAGCCCUGUCAAGGUGCCAGGAGAAGCUCUACUCACAGGGAAGGGAUCAGGACAACAAGGGAGGGGGCUAGCAGUCCACAGCCCAGGAAAGUGUCCUGUGACCAGGCCUAGCCACAGCCCGGUGAAGGGGGCACCACCAGGGACCCAGAGCCCAGGAAAGGGACUAGGGGUUCACAGCCCAGGAAAGAGCUUCAUACAGGGGGGACUAGGAUCUCAGUCCCCAGGGAAAGGUGCAAAAUCCAGGCUGAACCAGCUGAGAAGCCCUGGGGCCAGGAAGAAGAAGAGACAUGGACUGAUGGCAGGAUCGCCCUGCCGCCUGCCUGACCUCAUCAUUCACCUUGAGGGAAACCAGUCUGUGCUCAGAUCAGCUAACAGCAGCCCAACACAUACCACCACCUCCAUAAGCCUGGACCAGCCUACAGACCCAGGCAGUGGGUCUACCCCCAGCUCCCACACAGGACUGGAUGGUCACAGACCCAGUCCAGACAGGGCAGUAGUAGUGACCCAUAGGGAGGGCAGAGCGAGGGAAAUCUCUCCCAUAAAUAUGAAUGGUUUGGACCUGAUGAGGGACGCUGUACUGGUCAAUGGCCAUAUAGGAGACGGAGGGAAGGUGGAUACAGGGCUGAACGUGGAGCUGCCCCCCUCUCACAGAACUGAGACUGGGACGGAGAAGGCCAAGCUUCAGGAGAGCUCUACAGAUAAGAAGAUGGAGAGAGGGAGUGAGGAGGUGAAGGUGCAGGACUCCACUGAACAGAAGCUAUAUAAGAUAGCCAAUGAGCUUCUACAGACGGAGCGGGCCUAUGUUGCUCGCCUUCACCUGCUAGACCAGGUCAGUGUGUCACUGUCAACCUCAUUGUUUCUGUUCAUUCACUGUAGUGAUCACCACAUGACUUGAUCAGUAUGUAUUGAUUAGCAGUGUUUUAACACUGAGUGUGUGUGUGUGCAGGUGUUCUGUGCGCGGCUUACUGAGGCGGCCGGUAAAGGCUUGUUCCCUGUAGAUGUGGUGAGGACAAUCUUCUCCAACAUCUCCUCCAUCCACACCUUCCACAGCCAGUUCCUACUGCCAGACCUGGAGACACACAUGGACCAAUGGUGAGACAACCCAAGUAGAUGAUGCAAUUGAAGUACUUAUCUACAAUGGAACUGAAGGACAUGAUUGGAUUGGAACCUUUUUUUAUUCAAUGAAAAAUAUGGUUUUAUUUUGUCAUUCAUCCAGCCUAACAAAGACUACAGUGAUUUUAAUAUUCUUACAUUAAAUCUCUAGCUUCAUAUCUAAACAGUGAUUAAAUAAUCAUUUUUUGACCUUUGAUCACCGACCCUUGACCCUGCAGGUCUGUGAGUCCUCGUCUGGGUGAUGUCAUGCAGCAGCAUGCUCCCUUCCUCAGGAUGUAUGCUGAGUACGUGAUGAGCUUCGACCACGCCAUGGAGCUGCUUAGAGUCUGGACGGAGAGGUCCACACCAUUCAGGAAUGUCAUACAGGACAUACAGGUAUGGUGGCUGGGCAGGGACACAGAGUAAAUCUCUGUUCACACUUUACUGAAUAUCUUAUUCAUGCUCUUAAUCUUAAUUUCACCAUUCACCCAAAGAAAACCAAUAGUUGCUAACUUUGCAGUGGUGAAAACAUUUAGUCAAUCUUGCCCUGUUGUUGAUUUGCUUUAUCUUCCAGAGUCAGGCGGUGUGUGGUAGUCUGACCCUGCAGCACCACAUGUUGGAGCCGGUCCAGAGAGUACCUCGUUAUGAGAUGCUGCUGAGAGACUACCUCAAGAGACUGCCUGAUGACGACUCAGACCACAGCCACGCAGAGAGUAAGUUGACACCUGCCUUACUUACUGUACCAUAGACAUAGUCCAACAUACAGUAGAUCCACAAAGGCCAGCCUCACUCUUACUGAAGCAGAGAUCAGGUAGUCCUCAUCGCUAGCUAAGACUCACGCAGUGUCGUCACAGUAACUGUCACAACAACCAUAAUAGAUUAGGUUUUGUGGUUUAGGGGUUUUGUGGUUUUGCUAUUCUUUAUAAAAAAUAAAAUAAGGUAUUGAUCUCUUUGUCUGCCUUCAGAGUCUCUGCAGGUCAUCUCCAUGGCAGCAACACACUCGAACAGCGCCAUCCGCAAAUCAGUACGUGCAGAUCUAAUAUGCUAAUCCUCUACAUUCUGCAGAUACAGUGGGGGAAAAAAGUAUUUAGUCAGCCACCAAUUGUGCAAGUUCUCCCACUUAAAAAGAUGAGAGAGGCCUGUAAUUUUCAUCAUAGGUACACGUCAACUAUGACAGACAAAAUGAGAAAAAAAAUUCCAGAAAAUUACAUUGUAGGAUUUUUUAUGAAUUUAUUUGCAAAUUAUGGUGGAAAAUAAGUAUUUGGUCAAUAACAAAAGUUUCUCAAUACUUUGUUAUAUACCCUUUGUUGGCAAUGACACAGGUCAAACGUUUUCUGUAAGUCUUCACAAGGUUUCCACACACUGUUGCUGGUAUUUUGGCCCAUUCCUCCAUGCAGAUCUCCUCUAGAGCAGUGAUGUUUUGGGGCUGUCGCUGGGCAACACAGACUUUCAACUCCCUCCAAAGAUUUUCUAUGGGGUUGAGAUCUGGAGACUGGCUAGGCCACUCCAGGACCUUGAAAUGCUUCUUACGAAGCCACUCCUUCGUUGCCCGGGCGGUGUGUUUGGGAUCAUUGUCAUGCUGAAAGACCCAGCCACGUUUCAUCUUCAAUGCCCUUGCUGAUGGAAGGAGGUUUUCACUCAAAAUCUCACGAUACAUGGCCCCAUUCAUUCUUUCCUUUAGACGGAUCAGUCAUCCUGGUCCCUUUGCAGAAAAACAGCCCCAAAGCAUGAUGUUUCCACCCCCAUGCUUCACAGUAGGUAUGGUGUUCUUUGGAUGCAACUCAGCAUUCUUUGUCUUCCAAACACAACGAGUUGAGUUUUUACCAAAAAGUUAUAUUUUGGUUUCAUCUGACCAUAUGACAUUCUCCCAAUCCUCUUCUGGAUCAUCCAAAUGCACUCUAGCAAACUUCAGACGGGCCUGGACAUGUACUGGCUUAAGCAGGGGGACACGUCUGGCACUGCAGGAUUUGAGUCCCUGGCAGCGUAGUGUGUUACUGAUGGUAGGCUUUGUUACUUUGGUCCCAGCUCUCUGCAGGUCAUUCACUAGGUCCCCCCGUGUGGUUCUGGGAUUUUUGCUCACCGUUCUUGUGAUCAUUUUGACCCCACGGGGUGAGAUCUUGCGUGGAGCCCCAGAUCGAGGGAGAUUAUCAGUGGUCUUGUAUGUCUUCCAUUUCCUAAUAAUUGCUCCCACAGAUGAUUUCUUCAAACCAACAUGCUCACCUAUUGCAGAUUCAGUCUUCCCAGCCUGGUGCAGGUCUACAAUUUUGUUUCUGGUGUCCUUUGACAGCUCUUUGGUCUUGGCCAUAGUGGAGUUUGGAGUGUGACUGUUUGAGGUUGUGGACAGGUGUCUUUUAUACUGAUAACAAGUUCAAACAGGUGCCAUUAAUACAGGUAACGAGUGGAGGACAGAGGAGCCUCUUAAAGAAGAAGUUACAGGUCUGUGAGAGCCAGAAAUCUUGCUUGUUUGUAGGUGACCAAAUACUUAUUUUCCACCAUAAUUUGCAAAUAAAUUCAUAAAAAAUCCUACAAUGUGAUUUUCUGGAUUUUUUUUCCUCAAUUUGUCUGUCAUAGUUGACGUGUACCUAUGAUGAAAAUUACAGGCCUCUCUCAUCUUUUUAAGUGGGAGAACUUGCACAAUUGGUGGCUGACUAAAUACUUUUUUCCCCGCUGUAACAGUUGUCAGUACAGUAUAUCUAGAGACCCAUUUCUCUUUUGGCUUAGAGAGUAAAAUAUUACUACGCUUAACUACUGUCAUCUGUACUUUGUUCAUUUUCUAUUGGUUGGGACAGAAGUUUAUGAUAUGCUCUGUUGUUUAACAUCCUCCGUUCUGCUGUGUUGUCCUCUAGGAGAACCGGAAGAAGCUGCUGGAGAUCUACGAGAUGUUGGGGGAGGAGAAGGACGUGAUGAACCCCUCUAAUGAGUUCAUCAGGGAGGGACGCAUUCUGAUGCUGGCUGCCAGGAACUCCGCUAUGGAGAGACACCUCUUCCUGGUUAGACCAGCUCACAAUAUUUUAACCUUUAUUUUACCAGGAAGUCCCAUUGAGGUCAGAAGACCACCUCUUUCCCAAUGGAGACCUUAUGGCUUUUAGGAGGACACAACAUUAUAUAAUGUUGCUAUAGAAAUGUAUAGUGUAGAACAGACAUGAUUUUCUGCUAUGUAUAAUAUGGAAUUAAAUAAUCUCUAUUUCGUCGAAAUCUUGCACUUCACUGAAUAGUAACCACUGAACAUCCAUCCAUCCAUUAACCCACACGGGUCAAACUCAUUCCAAGGAUGGCAGGUUUUCACUCCACUCUUGUACUUGAUGAAUUAAGGUCACUAAUUAGUAAGGAACUCCCUCACCUGGUUGUCUAGGUCUUAACUGACAGGAAAUAAUAAACUCGCAGACACUCGGCCCUCCGUGGAAUGAGUUUGAGACACUCCUGCAUUAAUGGGUCAUUCAGGAGACUCUUGGUGCUCAUACUUAAAACCCUCAUGUCUUUCUUGCCUCUCGCGCCCUCUGCUGUCAAUCCAGUUCAACAACAUGCUGCUGUGCUGCACUCCUCGGUUCAGCCUGGGGGGGCAGCGGUUCACCCUGCGGACACGGAUAGACAUGGAGGGCAUGAUUGUGCAGCGCACCACCAACGAACACCACCCCCACACCUUCAAGGUGUCUGGAAAGGAGAGGACCCUGGAGAGGACCCUGGACCUACAGGCCAGGUGAGGGGAGGGGUGGAUGUCACACUAAUAUAACUCACCUGAAGGUCUUGGAUGGAUGAAUAUAUUUUGUAUAAGUGUUAACGUGGCGUUCUCUUUCCAGCUCUGAACAAGACAAGGAGAACUGGAUAAAGGUAACAGUGCUUUGUCAUAUUUUGAAACAUGUAUGAAUUACCAAUGACACAUAAUGAGUAUAUCGAGAGAGCACACAUGGUCUAACAGGCCUUGUACUUUCAGGCUUUUCAGGACACCAUUGAUGUUUUCCGGCAGAAGAUUGAGACUUUUAAGUCAGCUUCUAAAGAAGUAGAGGUAUCUGUAAGGAUACCGAUAUAAUUUUAUUUUGUGUGUGUGUGUUUCUCCAUCUGUACAGUAUGCUCACUGUAUUCAUAUAGAGGGAUAAAUCACAGGCAAAGUGGAGGGGAACGGAUCAUUUAGCUAAAGGGAAGGAGGAACAACUCGUUUGUGAUCCUAUUGCAUGUACGGGUGGAAAAACCACAAAGCGAGACUGAAAACUGAUUUUGAGUGUGUCUUCGCUCCUGUGUGUGUGAACAGACGGAGGAACUGGGUCGGCGUGCCCCUCGAUGGAUCAGGGACAAUGAGGUGACCGUGUGCAUGAAGUGUAGCGAACCCUUCAACGCCCUCACCCGAUGGAGACACCACUGCAGAGCCUGUGGCUGUGUGAGUUAACAAACACACACGUACGCACAUAUAGAUACACACACACACACACACACACACACACACACAUGGGAUACAUAACACACACUUCACAUUCCCUUUACCUAAGGCUGGGGUAAGGUUAUGAUUAGUUGAAAUAGCAUUCACGUUCAGUGCUGUACUUCCAUUCUUUCUAACAUAACCAGCCAGAUAUGACCAUGACGUCCUGUGUGUCCACCUGUUUGUCAGGUGGUGUGUUGGAGGUGUUCAGAGAACAAAGUAACUCUGGAGUACGAUGGCAACAAGGUGAACAAGGUGUGUCUAGACUGCCACUCCGCCCUGACCUUCCGGGCCAACAAAGAGGAGAGGGGAGAGGGCAAGGAGGGGGGGCAUUCUAGAGGUUCCACACCCCACCUCCCCAUUUCCAUCCCUACCCUUUUCCCAGGAUGUGAAGGCCCUUUCUAG